GGUCAGCCUUCUUUACGCCGAGUUGGAAUUGUCGGCCGGACGGGUGCGGGGAAAUCCUCACUGGCGAGCAGCAUUUUCAGAAUCGUUGAGCCAGUGAUUCUUGAUGAAGACCGACCACAGUUGAGCGGACCUUUUGCCAACAAAGGCCCGAUCAUUGUGGACGGUGUGGAUAUUUCGCGAAUCGGACUGCACGAGUUGCGGUCUCGAUUCAGCAUUCUCCCC